AUGAGUGAACCGGCUCCCAACCAGCAAGCCAACUUGCCUCCUCCGCAGGUCAUUGCAACGCCUCAGCAGCAGCAGCAGCAGCAGCAGCAGCAGCAGCAGCAACAACAACAACAACAGCAGCAGCAGCAGCAGCAGCAACAACAACCCCAGCAGCCACUUCAGCACCAACAGCAACCUCAUGGCACUCCGACCCAGCCGCCCGCCCCAGCGCCCUCGUCGAGCAGCAUCCCCAGCGACCAGCUGAUAUGCCAGUGGCAGAACUGCGGCGAGCGCUUGCCUUCUGCUGAACAACUCUAUGAUCACGUCUGCGAGCGUCAUGUUGGCAGAAAGAGCACCAACAAUCUCAAUCUCACUUGCCAGUGGGGCAACUGCCGGACCACUACCGUGAAGCGUGAUCAUAUCACGUCUCAUAUCCGCGUCCAUGUUCCUCUGAAGCCACACAAGUGCGACUUCUGCGGCAAGGCUUUCAAGCGUCCCCAGGAUCUGAAGAAGCACGUCAAAACGCAUGCCGACGACUCGGUCUUGCUUCGUUCCCCCGAGCCCAAUCGCGGCGGUCACCCGGGUGCGCCUGGAUACCAGGGCCAAGGUGGUAAGCUGGUCGCUGACUUGCAGGCGCUUGCCGCUACAGCGAGCGGAUACUAUCCAGAUAGCGCCAUUGGCCCCAACCCCGGCUAUGGUCAACAGCACCCAGGGGGUGCGCCCGGCUUCUACAGCGCUGGACCUCCUCAGAACUCGGCCUAUGGUCCGGUUUAUUAUGCCGUCAACCAAGCUCAACAGCUGAACAACGACUCGUAUGAAAUCCGCAAGCGCGCUGCCUACGAUGCUUUGAACGAGUUUUUUGGGGACGCUAAAAGACGAGCGAUCGAUCCCACCACUUACUACGAUGUUGGUCAGAGGCUCAUGGGCCUCCAGGGCAUCCAACUUCCCGUUAUUGGUGCCUACCAAGGCGCUGUGCCUGAAUAUGCCGCAGCAGGAGGAACCCUGGUUGCACAUCCUUCCCACCCCCCGAUGCACCCCUAUGCCCUGCCCCUCCCUACUCUCAGAUCAAAGAGCGAUCUCCUGAAUAUUGAUCAGUUCUUGGAGCAACUCCAGACUACUGUCUACGAGAACCCGAACCAUGCUGCUGCGGCAGGAGUUCAGCAGCCUGGCGCCCAUUAUGUUCACACUGGUGCUGCAGGGUUCCGUACCAGCAACUCACCUCCCGGGCUUUCUACGACGCAUGCCCCGUCUUCACAUGCCACCGCUGUUGCUUCUGCAAGCACCGAGACGCCAGCCUUGACGCCAGCGUCCAGCGUUUUGUCGUAUGGCUCGCAACAAUCGCCUAGCUCUGGACACGCUAAUAGCACCGUCUCCCCGACCUCGAGGGGCAACAACAUGUAUCCCACGCUUCCGUCGGUUAGUGCCAUGUCCGACAUGUCCGCAGCUGCUCCUUCAUCCGGCCUUGCUCCCUCUUUUGAUGCUGAUGGUCGUCGGCGAUAUUCUGGGAAUCUUCUGCAGAAGGCUGCCCCCGACCGACGCGAGCAGAUGGAAACCGAAGAUGCGCGCCGCGGCUCGGAGCAGGAAGCUUUGCAUCACAAUGUCAAUCAGCUGGCUAUCCACUCCCCCAAGGUGGACCCCGCUCUAUCGAUGCGCUCUCCUAGCCAAGUGUCAUCCACUUCCACGGAGCAGCCUGCGGACGGGGCUCAGCAAUCCUGGGUCGAAAACAUACGGACUAUCGAAAGGCUUCGCCAAUAUAUCAAGGAGAGACUGGAGCACCACGAUUACAUUGAUGACGAUCAGGACGUCAAGCACGAGUCACGCGUUAACGACGACGCUCAAAGUUUGUACCCGGUUCUUCAGGCUGUGCGCCAGUCCGACUAG